AUGGAUGUCUUCAAUGCUUUUCUGCAAGGAGACCUAGAGGAGGAAGUUUACAUGGACCUACCACAAUGCUUCGGUCAGAGUGCCUAUGACUACUCCUUAUUCACUAAAAGGUCUGGAAGUGAGAUAGUGAUCAACCUAAGCUAUGUGGAUGAUCUAUUGCUAACAGGAAGUAGCAUAGAGCUCAUUAAUGAAGCCAAAUCAAUAUUGUAUAAGAAGUUUAAGUCACUAAAACCAGACAUUAGCUAUGCAGUACAAGUCUUAAGUCAGUUCAUGCAAGCUCCAAAAAGAUCUCACAUGGAUGUUGCUACUCAUGUGGUGAGGUAUCUCAAACAAGAGUCAGACAUGAGAGUGAUCAUGCAAAGACAACAAACAGAUGUCUUGGUUGGAUUCAGUGACUCAGACUGGGCAGCAUGCCUAAUGAGUCGAAGGUCAGUUAGUGGUUACCUUGUUAAGUUUAGAGAUUCCUUAAUCUCUUGGAGGUCAAAGAAGCAACACACCGUUUCUCGCAACAGUGGUGAAGCUGAAUACAGGAGUAUGACAUCUGUAGUAGCUGAGAUUGUGUGA